AUGCCCUGUGAGGCCCUUUAUCAAGAGCUUGAUAAAGGGCCCUUUGUCCUACUGAUUAUCUUCAGCCAUUCUCUAGACACGGCCCCUCUCCCAGAAGAAGACAUUAUAACCAAGAUCCAAAGGCAAGCAGAAUACUUGCAAAACAAUGCCACACUGCUUCUCAACACCUAUCUGCAGUUCCAGGGCAGUCCAUUCAGUAACCCUGGGUUCAGCUUCCCUUCAUGGCAGGAGCCAGGGUUGCCAACUGCCAGCCUUGGCUACAAGAAGUGGAGAUGCCUUUGUCCUGGAAUUCGGCUCCUGCUGGCCAGAGGGGCAUUUUCUGCCAUCUCUGAGUUCUUCCAGUUGGUCCUGGAUGAUCAAAUAUCAUUGAACCCCAGAGAAUCAGAUCUUCACCGUCUACUUGAAGAGGCCAAAAUUUCCUCUGGAGCGGUGCUCAGUAACCUGGCAUCUGCCCUGGAAAUGUUGAACUUUCAGUCUCCAUCAGUGGAGCCGGAUCCUUGGAGCUGGAGAUCUACAGGGGCCACAAGCUUCCAGAAGAAAGUGCGAGGCUAUGUACUUUGCAGGGAGUACAAGGACUGGCUAGUCAGAUUAGUCAAGGACAUGGAUAUACUAAAAGGGGCACGUGUGAUGAUACACGGCGCAGGCCAAGAGAAAAAAGACUGCUGCAGGCCAUGA